AUGCAAGAAGACGCGGCGCGCGAAGCCGAAUUAUUCCAGGUUCAACCCCAGCAGUCCGCACUGAUGGAGUCUACUCCUUCGCAUCCGUCGCGUUCGAGUAAUCCACAACAAGGGGAUAGAACGCCCGCGACUGGUCACGGGAGAACACCAAGCACAACGAGAAAUAAUGAUGAGGUCCCAACAGCGUCUGCACGGCCGGACACUAUUGCGACCUAG